AUGAACGCCCACUACAACGAGCAUCGGAAUCGCAUCAAGUACCAUCCUGAUAGUAAUACCACCAGCAGGCGGCGAGACAUGCCGGAUCAUAUCAAAGUCGCGGGGACAGAGUUUCCGAACCCAUCCAGCAACAGCACUCCAUUCAAUGCAACGAACAGGAGCCACCACUUGCUGGAAGUGAACCAAGAUACGCUGGAUGAGCACAUGCGGUCGCAAUCACGCUUUAACGAGCAAAUUUACUUCCGCCUACAUGCACUUGAGGCUGUGAUGGACAAAAUGCUUGACUGCAUUCAAGACGUCCACCAGCGGAGUCGAGCUCUCGAGAAAGCAUAUCGCGACCUCCAGCAACGCAUUCAGAGUGCUGCGAGGCCAGCCACUGACGAGGAAGGGCAACCUAGCGAUGCGCCCAGUGCAGCACAAUCGACAGAUGGUCUUGAUCAGAAGCUGGUCCGAUCGUUUGUUCUUCCGAUCGAUGGGGUUCUGCAGGAAGUCUUGAAGGACGCUGGAGAGCACAAACACAAGGAGCCACCAGUGCGAUCUGUCUACACCGAUGUGCCUGAGCAACGCCACGUCAACGACGAGAUCUUUGCCGAGCUCGAAGCGUUUGCGAAAUUGUUCAAGGAAAGCAGAGUACCCAAGCUGAUCUUUCCUGAUGGCAGCGUGCAACAAGUCCGUCAAGAUCGCGACAGCUAG